UUACAAUACUGCAUUAAUCAACGAGACAACAAAAAAUAUGUUCUCAAAAACAAACAAACAAACCUUUAAGAUUUUCAUAGGAUUUUGAUGAAUAAUUUUCUCUAAUUUGUGAUAAAUACAUUGGAAAACGCAAGAAAAUAUUUACUGUGAAAGCAAUUUAUUUAGAAAAGUGUUAAACCAGAAAAAGCUGCUGUAUAUUAACAUUCUUUGCAUUAAUGGGCGCAAUAGGUAUUAUUAAAAAAAAAAAGAAAAAAAAGAAACAAAAAAAGGCAACUUUUUCGAUGUACAUACCCAAAAGAAAACUUGGGACAAUUAAAGUAUACAGAUAUUUUUCUUUCGCAGAUUAGCUGUAAGUGAAUUUUGAAAGAAUUGUUAUAAAAUGGAAAAUGGCGAUGAAUGUUUGGAUAUGGCUUUGAAUCCAUUUCAUAGGCCACCCAAUAUGUUAAUGGAUGAUGACUUGAAUAGGGUUACCCAGGAAGAAUUAGAAGCAAAUUUGUCCACCGAUUAUCCUACCAAUGAAGAAAUUGGCGGAGGAAAUAAAACGAAUGACAUGUGGGAACAAUUAAUACAAAGUGUAUUAGAAGAUAGUUCAACGCAAGAAGCAAUCCUAAUAAAGUCCGAGGAGGAAAAAGAGAAAGAAGAACAAUACGAAGGUGGGAACGUGGGGCAAGAAAUAUCGGAAUCAUGUACAAAUAACGACAUGAAUAUAAAAGAAGAGAAUUCAGUAAUGGACUUUAGCUGCGAAGAGGAGAGAUUAUUGGGCCAAAGUGAGGACAAGUGUUUCUACGUGGAGGAGGAUAUGUGUCAAGUCGAAGAAGUUUAUGCUUCACCAAAACAUGACGCCCUCGAGCAUUAUGUUGAUAGCGAAGAUGAGAACAAUGAGUUUGCCAAUGAGGAUGAGGACACAGAUAGCAAAAGUGAUAAAUCAGUUAUUAGUCUUGGCCGCAUAGUAUGGGAUGGAAAAACAGAAGUAUACAAACAAGGAGACGUAUUUGAUGAAAUUAAUCGUAGCUUGACCCAAGAAAAUAAUCAUAAUCGAAGUAUUUCACAGGAGAUGGACGAAGAUGAAGCUGAUGUGGAACAGAACGAAGAUAAAUUAUCGCAGUUAUCGAAUAUAAUGAGCGAUCAUUGUUACAUUUCGCAAGAAAAGGUAUUCCCCAAAAAUGAGGUGGAAGAUCUUAAACAUAGCUUAAUUAACCACUUAAAGACGAAAUUUCUUGCAAAUACCAAUCAACAAACAAUAACUGAGCUAGUGGAUUCCCUAUUGAACGAGACAGAUGAAAAAAAAAUGAAUAAAGUUUUAAAGAGUUUUAAGGAGGCAAAGGAUAAUGUUGAGAUUGUGAAAGAACAUAAAAAAGACGAUCAAAUAAUGGAGGGACAAUCAGAAUUGGAAAUGGGUUUAAAAGAAACUUUAGAUAAAUGUGUUGAAAAUAUAAUGGAAGAAAAUUGUCAGCUAACACCAGCCGAAGCUAAAGAGCAAAAUAUGUUGAAGGAAUCUGUCGUUGACUUUGAAGGAGAUUGUUCUGAUAUCAACAAAACGGAUCAUCCUACGAGCCUUCCGCCUACGCAGUCUACGAAUAAAUCUGAAAAUUGCUCGGAACCCUUAGAACAACAAAUAUUCGAUGAAGAAUUUGAUUUACUUUGCAAAGCUGGUUCCUUAGCUCAACGGCAAGAAACAGCCAUUAAUAAAAAUGAAGUGACAAGUUUCUUAGGAAAACUGGAAGACUUCGCUUUAAAUUUACAAAACGACUGCAAGUCUUUCGCCACAGCCUCUACGAAUAUUGAAGGGAAACUGCAAAAUUACGUACGACAACAAUUACAACACUUUCGCUUAAUCUGCAAACCGUACACCUUAUCGUUAACCAAUAAUAUGGAGGUGCAAGUUACCUUAAAAUCGAUGGCCAGGCAUAAACGCAUUAAACUUAAUAUGGAAUCGAAAAAGAAGCUAUUAAAUAAUGGCGAUAGUUCAUUAGAAUCUUGUUCAUCUUCGCCAAGUGAUAACGACGAUGAAGGCGAUGUUAAGAUUUGUGAACUAAAAGAAGCGGACAAUGCGAAAACUAAAAGGAUGUCAAAGUUGCCAGCUUCGUCUUCUUCAUCGCAUUCCACAUAUGCUCCAGAAAUGCCGAAUUUAAAUUAUCAAGAAGAAAAUGGUUGCAAAUUAUCACAAGACUAUGAUGACGGUGUACCUCUUACCAACUAUUUACAAUCUGAGAUAUUUGAGUGUGAGCAACUGUCGAACACUAGUUCAUUGUCUUCUUCAGACGAAAGUGCCCGCUCAGUCGUUACAAAUCCAAGUAAGUCAUUAAAAUCUUCGAAGAAACUGUCUGAGGUGGAUGACAGCCAAGACCUUUUCGACAGUGUCAGUGAUGGUGUACUUACUGGCAUUAAGAACAAGUCUAACGCAAAGCGGUGUUCCGUGGAAAGUGAUACGAAUUUACUGUCUUCGGCGAAUCGCAAGAUUGGCGGUGAGCUUAACGAGAAGCCUUCAGAAAUGAAAAGGAAAUGUUCAGCCUCUUUAUCGUUAAAUAGCGAGAGCGAUAAAGAGAAUAAAGAUAAACGCUUAAUGGAUUUUGAAGAUGAGAGCGAUAAGAAUGAUAGAGAGAUUGAACGUCUGCUGAACUUAGAUGCCCUUAAUAAGCGAUCCACACAUACUGGCAGUUCUGGUAAAACCAGUGAUAAAUCCAAAUCAAAAUUGUCUUCAAAUAAAGGCGUAAAUAACGCUUUUGAUUUUUUGGAUGAUGAGUUGGGUUCAGAUGACAGUAAAAGUGAAUCCGAAGACGAAAUCAUUACAGAGAAGCAAUUCUUGGAGCGUUGCAAUGAAGAUGUGAAAAAUCAAAUGUUGAAUGAAUCCAGUAGCGAUUCGGAUGAACAAGGAUCAAACGAGGAUGAUGAGUUAUUGAACAUACCGUCUGAUGGAGAUGAUGAUGAUAGCGGUAAAAAUUCGCCCCUCGUAGAGAAGUUUUUGAAAACUUUUAAAGUUGAAGAUAGUGAUAAAGAGUUGGAGGAUGAUGAUGACGAUGACAUGUUAAUAGACAGUGAUAAAGAGGAGCAAAUGGAUAAAGCCGCCGAAGCAAACACCAGCGAAAAGAGCAAUGACAAUGGAGAAGUUGAAGAUAUAGUAGAUGAAAAAUUGAAAAAAAAAGAUGAAGGAGAAGGAUCACCAACCUCUUCAGAUCUUGAGCUGCUUAAUGAUAAUUUCAUCUUUCGUAAACGAAACGCAAAGCCAAAGCAACUUGAUAAACUUUUAUCUGACGCUGAAAAACGUAAGCGUAUUAGUCGUAUAGACGAAGAGUUAAUUAGUUUGAGUUCGGAGAGUUCUGAUGUAGAAGCUAUUGACGAGCCACCUAAUGAGACUAAACCAAGAGCUAUUAAACCAAUGCUAAGGCAGGAUCAAUUGGCUGGCGAGACAAUUAAAGCUCAAAAAAUGGAAAAUGAACGCAUUGCACGCUUGGAAAGGAAACAAACGAUGUUAACGAAGAUACUUAAAGAGCAUCCUGAAGUUGAUAAAGACAAAGAUCUUGUGUUGGAUUAUAUAAAGGAUACAAAAACGUUUAUUAAGGUUCAUCCACAAAUUGUGCGUUAUUUGAAGUCACAUCAAUGCGAUGGACUUCGCUUUAUGUACGAUUCCUGUUACGGCGGUGUAGAUUCGCUUAAGAAGAGCGCUGGUUCUGGUUGUAUUUUAGCUCAUUGUAUGGGUCUUGGAAAGACUCUACAACUAAUUGCUCUUUUGCAUACUGUGAUUUCCUUUAAGGAACUAAAAACCACAAAAAUUUUAGUCUUGUGCCCGAAAAGUACGGUGAUGAAUUGGGCAGAUGAAAUCAUUCGAUGGUUGGGUCCGUUACGACAAAAGAAUCUCAAAGUUUACACUUUUAGCGAUACAUCUGACAUCAACGAAAAGCUAAACAUAUUACGAGAAUGGUCGUUGUCAAAUAGCACAAGAGCUGGUUGUCUUUUAAUUGGUUACGAGGCUUUUCGGACCUUAGUUUUUUACCAUUCCUAUAAAAAACGAGGCACUAUAAAUCCUAUGCGCUUGGAAGAGAUACGUAAAAACGUCAAUAGUUAUUUGCUAGAUCCCGGUGCUGACUUGGUUGUGUGCGAUGAAGGACAUAUCAUUAAAAAUAGUAAAUCGGCCAUUAGUUUGGCGGUAGCUAAAAUUGUAACACCACGUCGAAUUGUCUUAACCGGUACCCCUAUUCAAAAUAAUCUCAAAGAAUAUUAUAGCAUGGUCAAUUUUAUUAAACCCUUAUUUUUGGGAACGGAAAAAGAAUUUGCUAAUCUUUAUGCUAACCCCAUUCGAAAUGGACAACAUAAAGAUUCCAGCAAAGCUGAUAUAAAAGUGAUGAAACAAAGAUCAUUUGUUUUACAUAAGAAGCUAUCCAAAUUUGUUCAGCGAAAAGAAGCUGAACUGUUGAAAACGUUUUUACCGCAAAAAUUUGAAUAUGUUUUAUUUAUACCAAUGACUGAAGUUCAGAGUAAUUUGUAUACUUUCAUCUUAAAAUCAAUAGCGAAUCGAGAAGAUCAUUACCGCGGCAGAGGGCUCAUAACAGAUUAUACUUGUUUGCGAAAGAUUUGGACUCACCCAAAGGUAUUAGAAGACGCAUGGAGAAAUGCAGUUAAUCAAAAGAAUAAGAAGGAUCGAGAGAAAGAUUUAAAAAUUAAAAAUCAAUCUGACGAUGAUCAACCCGAUGACAUAUACGAUAGCCAGACAGGUCAAAUGUCAGUAAUUAAUGAUUGGUGGAGGCAUUUAUUAAGUGAAAAAGAUUUAGAAUCCGUGAUGCCCAGCAAUAAACUAAGAACCAUGUUCAAUAUAAUACAAAUGUGUGAGGAAAAAGGCGAAAAAUGUUUAAUAUUUUCAGCAUUUGUGGCUGUUUUAAAUGUAGUGGAGCAUUUCUUUAAGAAAAUUACUGAAAAAGAUCCUCAAGUUUUAAAGGAAUUAAAUGUCAAUCCGAAUUCACAGUGGGUAUUGGGCGAAGACUAUUAUAGAUUAGAUGGCAAAACACCGAAAACUAUACGUCACGAAAUGAUUAACGUAUUUAAUAAUGUGUUAAAUAAACGAGCACGUGUGUUUUUGAUUUCGGCCAAAGCUGGUGGCCAAGGUAUUAAUUUAAUAGGCGCCAACCGGGUGAUUAUACUAGAUACAUCAUGGAAUCCUUCAAAUGAUCAACAAAAUAUAUUUCGGGUGUUUCGUUUAGGACAGAAACGUAAUUGCUACAUUUAUCGUUUAUUAGCUAUGGGCACUAUGGAAGAGAAGGUAUAUUCUCGUUCGGUCACAAAGCAGGCUAUGAGUUUCCGAGUGGUUGAUGAACAACAAAUUGAUCGACAUUACAAUAUGGCUGAAUUAGCUGAGCUAUACACUUUGACGAAACCUGAUUAUACCAAUCGUCCUACCCCCACAUUACCUCAGGACAGCAUAUUAGCUCGGUUAUUACGUUCUUUUCCCGAUUUAGUGUUUAAGUACCAUGAACACGACAGCUUGUUGGAAAAUAAAAUUGAGCAAGAAUUAAGCGAACAGGAGAAAAAUGAAGCUUGGACUGCCUACGAAAGAGACUUACAAUUAAAUUCAGAAGUUCGGGAGCUACCGAAUCUGGAAGAACUUCAAAAUAAUUUCCUUGCCUCAAAAUUACAAAAUUACAUGUCUCCUUUUGCGGGACUAGAUGUGAGUAAUUCUAGUGCAAGUAAUGCAAGUAAUAUUAAUAAUAAUAACAGUAGUAAAAAUAUGUCAUCUCUAUUUAAUUACCGAGGUUUCGGUCAACCCUUUUUGCAAUCUAUGGUGGGCCAGGCUAAUAAUACAACUGCAGCCACUCAACAGUAUUUGGACUUUUACAAUUACUAUAAAAAUUUAAGCAGUUACACAGAUCUAAGUCAAUAUACAUCACCUUUGGCGCCCAAUCCUAAUUUAUUGGGGAGAUUUCCCAGCUCAGGACCUGGAGCACCGCCCAGUAAUCCUUUGUCGGCAUUGGGAGACUUAAGCAUGCUGGCUAGCACCGCUUUGAGCGGUUCACCAAGUUUAACAGGCGCUGUUUCAAAAACAAUGAAUCCUGGUUUACCCCCCAUGUUACCGCAAUUGCCGAAUACGUCUAUGUACAGUUCACCGGCACCUUCUGCUUCAUUACCAAAUAGUAUGCCAAUCACAUCAACCGCACCAUUAGGUACUGGGGGAGGUAAUGUUGCCGGCAGUAACGCGUCUCUUUUAUCGGCCUUUGAACAAUAUACACAAUCUUUCCGUAGUCCUUACACCAAUAUGUACAGUUAUGCUAGUGAUUUUGGCUUAGGUACGUCAGGCACUACGAUACUUGAUAAGUCAAAAUCAAAAACAACAAAAUCGAAUCAAUCUUCAAUGAAUAGUAGUUCGAGCGGGCCGAAGGGGUCAACAAACUUGCCGGGAGGCUCGACAAAUGAAUUUGCAAAUCAAUUCACUGAGCCAGCACCUUAUCUAACGUUAAGACCCAAACAGCGUAGCGCGCUUGGUGUUGGUAACAUCGUGGAUCAGCAACAAACAAAAUCUUCGUCUGUAAAUGAACAAUCUAAAGAACGAAGUAAUUCCAUGUCUCGAAGGGAGACAACCAACGAUUUAAUUAACUAUAGAAGAAAUGAAAUGAAAGGAAAUAACAAAAAUGGACCAGACGGUGCUAUAAAGAAUAGUUCGGCAAUUGUAAGUUCUGUUAAUACAAUGAACAAUAGUCAACGUAAAUUAUCUAGUAAUCGAGAUAACACAUCUGCGAAAACUUCCAGUGUAAAUACAAUAAAUAUUAGUAACGGGAAAGCAACGCCUACAUCCUCAAUGCAACUUGCGAAAACUUCCUCGUCUAGUACAACUCAAAGCAGCAAUAAUACCAGAACAGUAAAAAGCUCCCCGGUUUCGGCGUUAUCAAGCUCCUUGAAUUCAUCGAAUCAAAAAUCCAGUGGACCCAAACAAAAAUCUGGUAAUAUGAAUGGUACAGCAUCAGGUAAACCCAAUAAAUCAUCGAAUUCGGCAAACAGUUUAGAUUCAAACCGUGCCGUAAAUAUGGGCAUUUUAUAUCCAAAUAACUCCAAUGGAAAUUCUAGCAAUUCUACGGCAAAUUCAUCAACUGUCAAUAUGGGUAUAAUUUAUCCACAUUCUAAAUCUUCUGCUGGCAAAAAUUCUGGGGAAAUGCAAAUUAUACCAACUUCAAGUCCACCUGGUACUACAAGCAUAUCAAAGCAAUUAAAUGAUUUAUCGCCUAGUAUAUCCUUAACGGCUCUAAAAACGAACACGACGCCGUCAAAAACACAAGUACAACAGCAAAAUUUAACGAAAGCUUCUAACAAUAUGACCAUAUUCCCUAAGGGAUCGCAAUCAAAUAGCAAUAGUAAUCGCAAGACUACAACAUCUUCUAUUAAUAAUGUUCAAAGUCUUAGUAAGCCUGCAAUUUCAGUUAGUACUGCCACAUCGUCAACUGGCUUGACGAUUAGCAAUUCCACUGCAAACCAAAGUAAUCAAAUGAUCAAAUCAAGGAUUACAGGUAGUGUCAAUAAAAAGUCUGCUAGUGAUACGCCAGCUCUUGCCUCAGUAGGGACGAAAACUUCGCUUCCAGUUACUAACGCUACGUCAGCAACGAAUAUAAACAGUCUUCGGAAGGUUGUACCCAAGAAUCAAACAAUGAAUCGUGGUGGCUUAACAAUAACUGCCACACGAACAACGGCCACUCCAACGUCGAUCAAUAUUACGAAAUCUAGCAACUCAAACACGAUUGCUUUGGCUAAACAAACAGCAGCCGCUGUGUUAGCUAAGUCCAGUAAUACGCAAAUGAACGCGAAUACUGGUCGCAAUGCAACCAGUAGCGGUAUUUCAUCACCCAAUACUUUGCAAAAGAAUUCAAGUGCAGGCUUAGCAGCGACACACACACAGUCGCCCAUGUCAGUGGCUGCCAUUAAAAAAACUGUUAUCAAUAGAGCUUCGCCGAUUACAGUAACGGCUAAGUCAUCGCCGUCAACCGCUGCCACGAGCAAUGGUAAUAAUAAUAAUAAAAGCAAUUCCGUUAUCAUUAAAUCGGCAAUGCUGAGUCCGCUCAGCAACAACUUCAAUAGUAGCAAUAAUUCAACGAAAACUUUAACAAAAUCAAAUCCAUCAAUGAAUGCGAAUUUGAGUCGUUCUUCCCCUAUACCAAAACUUUCUCCAAUACCUUCCGUAAGCAAUGUUUACAAAACAUUACUUCAAAAUCGUAUACCUGCCACUAUCUCCUCAACAAAUAUAACUUCUUCUGCAUCAUCAUCGCUACCAUCAUCAUCAUCAUCGUCAUCUUCAGCACCAACAAUACCUUCAACAGCGAAUUCAAAUACUGUAAAUAUUGUUAGAAAUACAGUGAAUAUACGACCUGUGGAGGUGAAACAGAAUUCUUCUGGAUCGGGAAAUGUUUACAUUAUUGAAACCAAUAUCAAUGAUAAAAAGGUUGCUAUUGGAACUCCCACUAAAAGUGGUGGUGGCACGACGGUUACCAAAGUUCCCGUACAAGCGAAACGUAAGGCCACAGAUUCUCUAUCCAAAGAAAUUAGGAUUGAAACUAAACGUUUUAAAGAGUAAAGUGAUUGUAUAUAUGUCUGUCUUAGGUAUAAUUUCAAUACAGAUUUUUUUUAAAUAAAUUAUUAAUUUGAUACUUAGAAAAUAUUUUUCUUGUAUAUACUUUCAUAAUUUUGAUACCUAUUUUAAAUAAGUGAACUUAAAGAAAAUUUAUUUAUAAGUUAUCCGUAUGCUUCAAAUAAA